CCAAGCCAUCACUGAGGCGAUGUGGUAGAGGAAAUCUGGUGAUUUUCCUGUCAGGAAAAUAUGUUUUUCUCACCCUUUCUCUUGCUUGAAGCCGCUGUGUGGUCACAUCAAACCGCUCUCACUCAGUGUCAAGCUGUUCAACAUGCAAAUCCUUGAAAGUACAUGAGUGCGAAGUUCUGAAGAGGUUUUUCUGGAGAUGUUAGAAAUCGAGACGUCCUGUUGUGUCAACUGACUGGAGAUAGUGGCCGGUCUCAGGAGAGGCAGUUCUGUUUGUGUUGCAUGUUCAUCUGACAACUUUUCAGGAUUUUUUACGGGCUUUGGGGAAGCAGACAUGUCUUAUCUUCUGAUUUUGGGACUCAUGGUACUGUGGACUUCACACAUUCAGGCCGUUUCUAAUCGCUGCGAUGCGCCCGUUACAGUCCUUCACAGGACUCCCUGCACAUCCUGCGCCACUUCCGCCGCCGUCGUUUGCCCGCGCGGGUUCAGGAAGAUCACCAAGAACCCCGAUAUCUGCAGAUACGUUGUGGAGAUCGGCAGUCGUCAGGUAGAGCUGUCAGGGUGCUCUCAUAGCUGUCAGGAGGUUACGACAGUCCAGCACUGCUGUCCUGGCUUCUGGGGGCCCCUGUGCUUGCCUUGCCCUAGCUGGUCCGGAAAGAUGUGUAAUGGUUAUGGUACAUGUGACUCCGGAAAUGGCACCUGUGUUUGUAAUGAGGGAUAUACAGGUUCUGCAUGCCAAAAUUGUUUGAAUGGGAAUGCCUAUGGAGACCACUGCCGUUCAGAGUGCAGCUGUGUGCACGGAAAGUGUAACUCAGGACCAGACGGAGAUGGUGAAUGUCUCUGUCAGCCGCCAUUUUCAGGACCAAAGUGUGAUAAAGUUUCUUCAUCUUGCUCAAACUGCCCGGCCUAUUCAUAUUGUAAGGGAGACAACACAAACGCUGUUUGCGAAUGUCUUCCUGGAUACAAGAAGACUGGAAAUGCAUGUAUAGGCGUGUGUUCGCAAGGAAUUUGCGAUGCUAACGCGAAGUGUUCAUUUAGCGGUGGGAAGUUUCAGUGUGAGUGUGAAGAGGGAUUCAAGGGAGACGGCCAACACUGCCUUCCCAUCAACCCCUGCGACACUAAUAAUGGAGGCUGUCCUGUAGAGUCCACUCUCUGUGAAUUAACAAGCCCAGGGAAGGUGAGCAGUGUACUUCGAAAUGUUGUGUGUUUGCCUGGAAUGGAAUCGUCCGACCCAUCGAAGGGCUGUACGCAAAAAUCGGCCUGCGCACCGGGUUCAUGCCACGUCAGUGCCCGCUGCGAGAAACCAACUCAGGACGGCAUGCCAAGGAAUACUCUCUCGAAAACGAAAGACAUUGUAACAUCUAAUGGAAUCAUUCACCUAAUUGAUGGAGUUCUUGUACCUUCCUCUAUAGUUCCCAUAAUGCCCCAUCGGUGUGACAUUAAUGGGAGCAGGAUCUCUUUUGGUACCUGUGUCCGAUGCAGCAUAAUCCAUGAGACCCGAUGUCCGCCUGGAAGUGUUGAUCUGCGUUUUACGGGUGGUGUAGGCUGCCACCUCUGCUCAAACCCCAACAAACAUGGAGAGAACUGUAAUGAAGACUGCCGCUGUGUCCAUGGCGUGUGUGAUAACAGACCUGGCAGUAUGGGGGUGUGUAGGAGAGGAUCCUGUCAGGAAGGGUUUUCAGGGGAGCUUUGUGACCAGACCCCUACCCCCUGCAAUUCAGACGGUGUCCUCGAGCCUCGGUGUGUUUGUCUGCCUGGAUCUUACGAUGGAGAUGGUUACACCUGCACUAAAACCAAUCCCUGCCUCCAGCCUCAGAGAGGAGGCUGUGACGUCAAUGCCGGAUGUAUGUAUGAUGCAGGAAAGGUGAACUGUGUUUGUAUGGAAGGAUGGACAGGCGAUGGACGUCUGUGUGUGGAAAUCAAUAACUGCUUGAGUGAGAGUCGUGGUGGAUGUCAUGAAAAUGCAGACUGCACAGUCACUGGACCAGGACAGAAUGAAUGUAGCUGCAAGAAAGGCUACAUGGGAGAUGGCAUCGUCUGUAAUGUCGUCAACCCCUGUUUGUCAGAUAACGGAGGCUGCCAUUCUCUGGCCACAUGUAAAUUAAAGAGCCCAGGAAUACGUGAAUGCGUGUGCCGAAACGAAUAUGAAGGUGAUGGACUCACAUGUUACGGAAACAUGCUUGUGGAGCUAGAUGGAAACUCUGAGUUUUAUCAAUUCCACAGCUUCCUUCUAAGGCACAAAGUGAUUGACAGCGACAGCAGAGUCACAGCUUUGGUUCCAUCUAAAGCUGCUUUCAAAAACCUCACCAAAUCAGAGGAGUUGUUUUGGUUUGAUUAUUACAGGCUUCCUCACCUUCUGCAAGUUCAUUUUUUAGAUGGGAUAUACACCUCUGAAGACUUACUGCAGCUGGUUGGUAAAACAGUACAGACUCUAGGAAAGAAUAAAUGGGAGGUCAAUAGCAACGGCAGGGAGCUCAUGAUCGGCAAUGCUACCAUCCUCGCUACGGACCUCAAGGCAAUAAAUGGGUGCAUUCACAUCAUUGACACGGUUCUUCGACCUGCUCUAUCUGAUUUCCCUCCACCUCCUCCUGGUUUAAUGGAGUUCCUGAACAACACGCCAGAAUUUAGCCUUUUCAGGCAGGCGGCGCUGCUCUACAACUUGGAAAACAAUAUCCCAACUAGAGAAUACACCAUUUUUGUCCCAAAUGACAGUGCCAUGCAAGAGUACCUGAGAAAAACUAACUCGACACAACUGAGCCUAGACAUCAUAAAAUAUCACAUAAUUCUAGGCGAGCAACUCUUUCCUGAACAUUUGGGCAAUGGACUCAACAAAAACACGUUAAAUGGAAAUCAGAUCAUGUUUUUUGUGGACAUUGAUAAUCAGACAAUGGCCAAUGACGUUCCCAUUAACGGAAGCUUCAUUGAGACGAGGCAUGGCACUGCGUUCGGGAUCCCCACGUGUCUUAGACCUUCACAAGACCACUGCAGUAAAGAUGUGAUUUUAAAGAUUUCUGGUCGCUGUGGAGAUUGUAACUCUGAACCUAAAUGCCUCUUUAAUGCCAAACCUAUACAACCAAAGUUCCCUCAAAAUAUGAAGUCAAACUGUAAAUACAGGACAAGAGUUGGAAAAAAAAGAGUGAGUGUGCAAGGCUGUCACAUGGACUGCUUGAGAACAACAAAGGACCAUUCCUGCUGUCCAGGAUACUUUGGGCAUGAUUGCUCCAAAUGUCCUGGGAGUGUGGAUAACUGGUGCUCCAACAACGGUCAGUGCAAGGAUGGGUUGUUUGGCAGUGGGGAGUGUCUCUGUAAUGAGGGCUUCCAUGGAACCGCCUGCGAGAUGUGUGAACCUGGGAGAUAUGGGAAAGACUGCAAGUCUGAAUGCCACUGUGAACAUGGCAAAUGUUUGGAUGGUAUGGAGGGAAAUGGGCAGUGCAUUUGUUUCAAAGGUUGGAAGGGAGUGAAUUGCGCUGUUGCGGUAGUUGAUGAUGCCUGUGGUGGGGUUUGUGAUGUCAAUGCUAACUGUAUCUCAGGAGGUUCAGGAGCUCCUCCAACUUGUUCCUGCAUAGCUGGUUAUAAGGGUAAUGGGACAUUUUGCAAAGAAUUUGACCCAUGUACCACAAACAACGGAGGAUGUUCCAUAAAUGCAAACUGCACAAAAACAUUGCCUGGUGAAAGGAGCUGUACAUGUAAAACUGGCUACAUUGGUGAUGGAGUUAUGUGUCUUGAAAUGGAUGCCUGCUUAGUGGACAAUGGAGGAUGUGACAAAAAAUGCUUUAUGUAUGAAAAAACUGGACCAAACAGGGUUGCAUGUGCAUGUAAGCCUGGCUUUAUUUCUCAAGGUCAUAGAUGUCUGGCAGUUAAUCCUUGUCGCAAGAAUAAUGGCGGCUGCAGUAUUAAUGCUGUUUGCAGAUACCUCGGGGAUGGGGAACGUAAUUGCACAUGCUAUAUUGGCUACAAAGGAGACGGUUUUAAGUGUGCAGGGACUGUCAAUAGAGAGCUUCUUCAUAUGCCUGAGGCAGCUUGGUUGAGGAGAAAUAUUGGUGUAAUGAGAGUCCGAGAUCUGUACAGUCAAGGCCCUUUCACUGUAUUUGUUCCUCAUGCUGAUUAUGUGGCAAAUGUUUCGACUCUGGAGGUUGAAAAGUGGAAAAAUACAAGUCACAGUUCUGACCUGCUGCGGUACCAUAUUGUCAGUUGUGAAGAACUGCGCGAAUCAGACCUCAAAUCUGUUAAAGAAGUGGCUACCAGUAGCGGAUAUAAACUACGCUUCAGUGUUAGAGAUGGUGUUGUGUACAUCAACGAUAAGACAAAGAUCAUCACCAGUGAUGUUGAGUGCUCCAAUGGAGUCAUACAUUUCAUAGACAAGGUCCUCUUUCCAUACGAUCUAACGGGCAAGGCAGAUAUCAUCACUAAUUUGAACAUUACCAGAGCUGCUGAACAAUAUGGCUUCAAAAUUUUCAGCAAGCUCCUACAGGAUGCAGAACUGAUGCAUGUGGUGCAGCAUCAACCCUUUUACCCAUUCACCAUGUUCUGGCCAACGGAUGACGUUUUUAACAGUCUUCCUGAGGACAGAAAGAAAUGGCUGUACAGCGAAGACCAUCGUGAUAAGUUACAAGCCUACCUCAAAGCUCACAUAGUCCGCGACCAGAGAAAAAGCAUGGAAACAUUGUUUGGAUCCAAGCUCACCUUCAGUUGCAGCAAAAAUUUAAUUGGCGACAUAUUAAUCAAUGGAAACAAUGCCAGAAUCGUAGCGCGGAACAUGUUGUUUGAUUCAGGAAUCGCUCAUGGGAUUGAUCAGCUUCUGGAGCCACCAAGCAUUGGUGCUCGCUGCGACAACUUCACAAGCAUAGAGAUAAAGGGACUGUGUGGUUCUUGCGAUAUGCCGCCCCGUUGUCCUUACGGAUCAGAGGACUCAAACAGGACUAGCAUAUGUGGACGACAUUAUUCGCCUUACAUGUACAGAAGGCCCAGUUAUCAUAGGUUGUACCCGUACGGUUAUGGAUACAACUCAUACAGAGAUUUGGUUGGCUGUGAUCGGGUAUGCAAGAAAAUGACGUGGGCUGUUAAAUGCUGUAAAAACCACUUUGGAAGAGACUGUCAAGUGUGUCCUGGCGGACUUGAGGCCCCGUGUGGAGAGCAUGGAGACUGUGAUGACGGGCGCACUGGCACAGGGACGUGUAAAUGUCACAAAGGUUUUACAGGCACAGGCUGUGAGCUGUGUAAAAGCAAUCACUUUGGGCCGAACUGCACAGCAUGUAACUGCACCAGCAAUGGCAAGUGUAAUAGCGGCCUGGACGGUGAUGGCAGCUGUUUCUGUCAAGUGUGGACGGGUAAAUACUGCGAAUCAAAAAUCGAAGUCAAGCCGAUUUGCUCGCCUGCAUGUGAUCUCAAUGCAGUGUGCCUCCCUGAAAAUAAUUGCGAGUGUGUGCCGCCCUAUGGAGGAAAUGGCAUUAACUGCACGGCCCCAGAUUUUUGCAGUGAAUAUAACGGUGGCUGCCACGAAGCAGCUGACUGUUUGCAGAGCGGUAUCAAUGUUACCUGUUCCUGUCAGGCCGGAUACUCUGGAGAUGGACACGUCUGCUCACCCAUCAACCGAUGUGUAGAGGAGGCGAACGGUGGCUGCAGCGAUUUCGCAGAAUGCAUUUUCACUGGACCUAAUGAGAGGCGCUGCGAAUGUCUUAAGGGGUAUGUGGGAAAUGGAAUCCAGUGUUUGGAGAAAGUGGUGCCCCCUGUUGACCGCUGCCUGGAGGACAACGGCGGCUGCGACCCAAAAGCCACAUGCAAAGACCUUCAUUUCCAUAUGAAUACAGGGGGAGUUUUCCACCUGCGCUCACCUGAGGGGAAGUAUAAACUGAACUUUAGCCAAGCACAGGAAGCCUGCGAGGCUGAGGGAGCUACUCUUGCUACAUUCAAGCAGCUCUCUGAUGCCCAACAGUUGGGAAUGCAUCUAUGUGUGGCAGGAUGGAUGGACGGACCGGACGAAGCAGGCUAUCCGAUCCGGUUUCCUUCUGCUAAAUGCGGUGAUAAUCAUGUUGGUAUCGUGCUGUACAAAGAGCCAGUCAAUGCCAGUUGGCCAUAUGACGCGUACUGCUACAGGGUGAAAGAGGUGUCUUGUGAAUGUAAACCUGGAUAUGUUGGAAACGGUGAAUUCUGUAAUGGAGACUUGGCCUCGGUUGUUGCCACCACUGUCCAAUUUUUUUGUGUGUUCUACACAACUUUACUGAAGUAUGCAGAGGAUGGUGAGGAGGGCAAGAACCUGCUGAAGUCCCUCUCCGACAAAUCAUUAAACAUCACAGUUUUUGUACCUCAAGAUGACGGUUUCUCUGCAAACAAGGACUCUCAACCUCAAAAAUUGGUGAAUAAGAAGGUCAUAUUGGCCUGGAACAUUCCAGCCAUUAAUGGUCUGAUCCAUGUCAUUGAUGGGCCUUUCAGAGCUCCACCUGUUCAAUCAGCGGGGCGGGGUCGCAGUCACCACUGUGCUGAUUGUCUUUGCCAUUGUUGUAUUGUUGCUGGGCUCUCGCAUACUACGUCCUCAAGCACAAGAACGAUGCCUUUCGUUUCCCAGUAUUUUAAGAAUGAUGAUGAAGAUGGUGCUUCCACAAAAGGUGGUGGAAACCCUGCUUUAGUAUCCAUCCCAAACCCUUUAUACAGUGGCUACAGGGCAUUUGCAGAGCCAUUUGGGGAUCCAGCUGCUACAGACACACCCAACCUCCUAGACUAGCACAGACAUCAGCGCCGACCUCCUCUCCCUUUCAUUACCUGCAAUCAGCUGGAGAGCUUGGCUGGAGGAGGUGGUACAACACCUUUGUACAUGGUUAAACUUAAAAAUAAAAGACUUAAAUGGCCUAAUUAUGUCCUAGACAACAUCAGCCAACCGUGGUGCCUUCAGUUCAAUAAAAAUAUCUGCUAAAAACA